AUGGCUGGUAGUAUUUAUGAAAUUGAAGGGAAAAUAAAGUUUGAAGAUGUUGGAUGGAUAUCUUCUGAUAUUCAAGAGACUCAGACUAAGAAAAGUGAUUUUAAUGAGAUUAUAGAGCAAACGGAGAAAGAAGGUGUAGCUCUAAGACGUAAUUCCCAGAUGAACAAUUUCAAGAUGGCUUUAGAAGAUUGUGAUUUGAGUGGUCUAGAGUUUUCUGGGCCACGGUAUACAUGGUGCAAUAGUAGAAGUGAUGGAAAUUUUACGCAGGAGAGACUUGAUCGAGCAGUUGCCAAUAGUGAUUCGUGUUUACGUUUCCAACAUGUGGAGUUGGAUCCUGAAUGCCGUGAUAUCAUCAAAGCAGCUUGGGAACAAGAAGUGUUUGAGGCAAAUCGGAUGAAGGAUAUCCAGUUUCAAUUAUCAGCUUGCCAAAGAAAUCUUACACGUUGGAGUAAACAAAAGUUUGAGAAAGAUGCAGAAUUGUUGAAGCAUAAAAGUAAAAAUCUUCUUGAAUUGCAAAGAAAUAACCGUCCUAAUCAAGUUGAUUCUAUUAAGCAGAUACACAAAGAUAUUGAUGAUAUUUUGGAGAGAGAAGACGUUAAAUGGAAACAGAGAGCUAAACAUAACUGGUAUCGUCAAGGAGACCGUAACACCCAGUUCUUCCAUGCAUGGGCCAAUCACAGAAGAAAAGUUAACAAUAUUCGUUCAAUCACUGAUGAUCAAGGUAGGACAUGGAGGCACAAUAAGGAGGUAUAUAGGGUUUUCAUUGACUAUUAUAAAGAUAUAUUUAGCUCUAACACAUCAACAGAUUUCUCUCAAUACUUGGAACAUGUGGAGCCUCGAGUUUUGGCGGAGAUGAACUCAAAUUUACUGUGGCCAUUCACGGAGGAGGAGUCAGUCAAAGAUUAUCGACCUAUUAGCCUUUGUAAUGUGGUAUACAAGUUAAUUUCUAAGGUGCUUGCUAAUAAGUUGAAAGUUGUGUUGCCUCAUAUCAUCUACCCCGAACAAAGUGCGUUCAUUCCGGGCCGAUUGAUAACAGAUAACAUCAUUGUGGCUUUUGAAACUCUCCAUACCAUAGAAACACGGCUAAAAGGUAGAAAUGGUUUUAUGGCUCUUAAAAUUGAUAUGAGUAAGGCGUAUGAUCGUUUGGAGUGGGAUUUCUUGGAGGCUAUGAUGCGGAAACUUAGUUUUGCUGAUAGAUGGGUUCGGCUUCUAAUGAAUUGUGUCCGAACAGUUACUUAUGCUAUUCUCAUCAAUGGCCAACCCCAUGGUCAUAUUAUCCCCACUAGAGGAUUGAGAAAGAUUUCUGGUGUGCCUAUCUGUCAAGGUGGGAUAAAGAUAAAUCACCUUCUUUUUGCUGAUGAUAGUCUCUUAUUUGGGAGGGCUAAUCUCAAAGAAUGGAGGCAAAUUAAGGAUAUUUUGGAUAUCUAUGAGAGGGCUUGUGGUCAGAAAGUUAACCUUGAAAAUACCUCUAUUUUCUUUAGUAGAAACACAAGGGAAGAGGAUCGGGAGGAAAUUGAAUUAGCUGCCAUAAUUGCCCAAAAGUUAUGGCUUCGAAGAAAUCAAUGGGUUUUUGAGAGUACCCUUAUGCCCCCAAAGUGUUUGUUAAUUGGUGCUAGAGACUCACUUGAGAAGUUUCGAGAGGCGAAUACCCCAUCAUCAUGUUUUGAUUUACAGGACUAUUCCACCCAAACUCUUUGGAAACCUCCUAGAGCUAGUAGUGUCAAGGUGAAUUGGGAUGCUGCUAUAGACAGGCGGAAGAAUCUCAUGGGGGUAGGAGUUAUUGCCUGUGACCAUUCUGGGAUAGUUCUUGCUGCUCAGUGCUUGGUGCAGAUAUACAUUUUGAAUCCGACUAUAGCAGAAGCUAUUGUGCUAAAAUGGGUGUAG